AUGUUUUUCACAGAAGUCCUAUCUUUACACACAUCAGAGAUCUCACACGGGGGAGAAGCCAUAUUCCCUGUCCUGAGUGCGGGAAAUGUUUUUCAGACAAUUCCCAUCUUUACAGACAUCAGAGGCUGCACACGGGGGAGAAGCCGCAUUUCUGUCCUGAGUGUGGGAAAUCUUUUUCAGUGA